UCUCUUAUGAUCUCUUGUAAACAAUUAUCUCUCCUUUUAAAUUAAUUGUGAUGUGCUUCUUAUCAAUAUUUUUUAUUAAAAAUUUUUCUAUAUAGCUUUAUUAGAAAAUUUUUGGACAAUGAAUUAUAGAAAUCAUGUGAAAGUGUAGCCACAAAAAUACUUAAAAAAAACGCGAAACGAGACAAAGACAACCAAAUCGGUGGCAAAAACAAUUUAGGCAUUGCUUUCAAGCGACAACAACAACAGGCGGACAGGACGCGCAAGCUGCAAAGCAAGAAGAGCUUAGGACUUUAACACGAAGAACUUUAACAACAAUGCAAACAGCAACAACAUCUACGAAUAAUGGUACAUAUGAACGAUCUACAAGCCAGUUUCAAACAAAUAUAAAAAAACUUUCAGGAACGCCGGCUUCCCAUUUGAUGUGCAGACCUACAGGAAUUACAACACACAUUGCAAGGAUAUCUUAUGAAUGCGGAUCUAGUACGCAGUGGACUAAAACUGACAAAUCGGCUAAAGAUAUACCGCCUCCAAAAGAGCCGGUUUCAGCUCUAGUUUAUUCUUGUCAACAAUCGAAAAGAAUGUCUAAGCUUCAAGAGAAAUUUAUGGACAAGAAAGAGAAACGUGAUCGUGAAUUAAAGGAAAUACAGAAAAAUUUGAAUGAUGUUAAUGACAAAAACAUAAAGUCUGUCGAAACAACAAACGCCGAAAUAGAGGCGAAAGAGGGAAAUAAUAUGAAUGAAACGAAGACUGUUACUUAUCGUCGAAGCCAAACUGAUUUGGAGGAAUCUAGAAAAGAUAUAUCACAUGAGCAAACAGACAAAAUCAGAUCUAAAUUAUCUCAACUAUCUAUUACUAGGGAAAGAAGCAAGAAAACUCCUAGAAAACCAGAGGGAACACAUCGAUUGGCGGCAGGGCAAAAGCGAAAAUAUAAAUUACAUUCACAACUGAGACAAGAAAAGGCAGAUAAAGAUAAAUCGGCUAAAGAAGAAAUUAAAAAACGUUUAGAAGAGUUACAAAAAAAUACAAAAAAGUUAGUUAACAAAAACCUUGAGAAAAAAAAAUUGAAGGCCGAACAAACUAAUGAAUCAGUAGAAAAAAAAGAAAAGCAUAGUGAUGAAACACGAGCGGAACAAAAUACAGAAUCGGAGAAAGCGUUUUUGUAUUCUAAUGAAACUUCAGAAUCUUUGGAUUGGAAUACAAAACAACAAAACAAAAUAGCAAAAGGUCAUAUCACAGAUCGCCCAAGGCCUUUAAAUAGAGCUCAAGUGAUUUCGAGAUCUGCUUUAAGUUUACAUACUAACAUUAUUUGGGCUUCUCCAAAAGUAAAAUCAAAUCCUUUGAAAGAAGAAGGUAAACGAGUUGGAUUGUUGCGUAAACAAGACAACAGUGGGGAGAAUUUUCCUAGUGGAUUGCGUGGCUUAGAUUUUGAAAACGAAAAUAAGGCCUUGGAAACAAUAACACCCAAUUUAAGUACACUUACGGAAAAAACUGGAAAAAAAUGUGACAGCGAAAAAAAGAAAAAAGCAAUUGAAACUUUGAGCGAGGAAGAAUCAAAAGAACCUCGCCUUAGAAAAGCAAUUGAAGAAAAGCUUCUAAAGCCUUUGGAUGGCCUAUUAGGACUGGGGAAGAAUAAUGAACAAAACGAAAGAGAAGUUCGUCAGGUUAGCAAAGCAAAAAUCGAAGAAAACAUUGGAUUUAUUAAAGAAUCUAAAAAACAAACAAAACCUCACAAUUUACCUUAUUGGUUAAGACCUAGUAGUGCUCAAGUAUAUCCUUAUAAUUUUAUAUUGGCGGUUAGACGCAAACUUGAGGCCAUUACUCAAACACCCAAUAAUCAUAAAGAGCAGAAGAGCAAUGAAUUUAGAAUACCAGAAAAUAAAUAUAUUUCACCGGAGGAAGAUUUUGAGUGUGAUGCAGCAGUAACAAGGUCCUCUUUAACGAAACCACAAGUGUUGAAGGAAACAGUUAAAAGUAAAUCAAGAUCAAAUACUGAAAACUUUGAAUUCAAUUUUUCUGGAGAGCAAAAGAACCAUAAUGCCGACAACGCAGAAAUUUCCGAAAGAGUUGAAGAGUUUCUUGUAAACCUGGAAAAGCCGUUAAAGUCCACCUACGAUUCUAGUCCUGAAAUAGUAAAGUUAACUUCAGCAGAAAAAUUAAAACAUCAAAAAUCUGAAGUUUUUAAAAUUUCCAAUAAAUUUCAAGAAUCCUUAACAAAGCCUAUAAAGUUCACGUUAGAUUUAAGUCCUGAAAUUACGAAAUUAACGUUUCCAAAGGAAGUGGAAGUUGGAACUCACGAAUUCGAUGUCCGUUUGAAAAAUUCUUUUGAAGCUCUUUAUACUGAAAACCUUAAUUCAAAAAGUUCGGAAACUAUUACGAAUUUAAGUUCAAUUUCCAUGCAAUUGCCUUUGACAAACACCGUGUCGGAAGUUUCUUCUUUGGAAACUGAAUCGAAAACCACUUUCAAUAAAAAACAAGGGGAUACAAAGGAAAAUAGACCCAAACUAGCAUCUGUUAGUCCUCUAUCAGUAGAGCGCAUAGAGCUUCUAAAAAUACAGAGAACGGAAAAUAAAAACAUGGAUAAAGAAUUUUCACAGCUGUUAGAAGACUUUAACCGGAGUCUAACGCAGGUUAUACAAGUAAACGAACAAUUAAAAUUCACUUUAGAUAAGUCACAACAAUUGUUAAGUCCUCGAAUCAGUAAACAAUAUACAAUAGAGUAUUCUUCAGAUUUUGAACCUGUUACUGAAGAGUCUAGCGAAGAUAAAGCUAAAAGUGAAAAAUGUCAAAUAGAAAAACUUGAACAGACUCUCAAAUAUCACAAAGGUUGCCUAUUUGUUACUUCUCCCAAAAAGAUGCCUCUAAUGUCGUUCUCGGAUAAGUCUCAAAAUUGUUUCACAAGUACGGUUAAUGCCAAUAAGCUGUUAAAGGAAGAAGAACAAAAAUUUGUGCCACCAAUCGAUGUGGGCGUAGCUUUAAGCAAUCUCAGCAAUUCCAACUGUCUUUUGACUCUAACAGAUGCUGAAGAUGUAUUAGAAAAUAAUAAUAGUAUGGAAUUUGGGAAACGCUUGGAAUUCAUGGAAAAAAUGAAGAGAGAUUUAACAUUAGCCAUUAAAGAAUCACAAGAGCAAAGAAGACGAGUAACGGAUGGCUUAGAAUGCGUUCCAAAGUCCAAUAAUUCUUACUCCAACAAAUCCAAAAGAUUGUCACAAGACUCAGGAAACGACUCUAUAUUGAAAACUCCAAAAAAUUCUCCAGAAAAUUUUGAUGCUGACGGCGAGUUUUUCUUUGCCAAGGAACCAAAGGAUUUACAUAUUAGUAGUGAUAACAAUACGCAGUUUAGCGGUAAUCUGAAUUCAGAAAGAAAAAAAUCGCCAGAAUCCAGUGCAGAAACAAUGACAACGAUGACAAGAACAACUAAUGGGGAUAACAGUGAGCAAUUAAUAGAAAUCUUUAAGAAAAGAAGGCUUACAAAACUGUCAGACUCAAGUACAGAUGGAGAAAACAAUGGAAGAACAGAGCCUUCUUGUAAAAGCCAGUCAAUCGAUGCGGCUAAUGAAAUCUCGAAAACGAGUCCAAAUGAAAACUCAAAUUACUUACAAUUAGCAGCCAAUAAUGACAAUGUAGAAAAUGACAUUGGUGAAAUUUUCUGUGAUUCCGGCUCUAAUAAAGAAAAUAAAACCCAGCAUUGUCUACAAUCGGAAAUGUUAGAUUCCAUAGAGCUUAAACCAUCUCGACACGUUACUUCGAAAAAUCCAAGAGUUCCAGAGGAAUUGCCAAAGGAAUCCUGGCAUAAAGGUGAAAAUUCAAAGCCUAAAACGUUCAUCAGUCACGUCAACUGUUCUCGCGGGGAUUUUAUGAAUAGCAAUGCUUCCCAACGCUCUUAUAGCGAUCAUCAAUUUCAUCCACCUACUUUGGUCGCCUCCCAUCGGACCUCCACGGAAUUCGACCAAAGCGCAGAUGAUGAAAUUACCAGCAGUGCCAUGUCAUCAAGUCGUAAUCUUACCAAUUUUGCGGUUUCUUCAACGUUAAAAAACAAAGUCUAUCGUCGCCUUGCCACCGGCGCUGAAAUUGUGAAACUUUUUUAUCUUUCCGGUCAAGGAAAGUAUGACAAAAUUGCUGUUUCACAAGACACUAUGUCGGAAUCUUCUCUUAACUACUCUAAUGUGGGCUUGUAUGAUAAAUUAAUACAAAGCGAAACCACCAAAACCGAACAUUUAACAGCUCUUUUGAAAAUGCGUGAAAGAGCUUUAUUGGACCGCACAAAGAGCCAAAUUGCUUGGUUGGAGGUUCAGAAAGCCCGUUACAAAGCUAAGGGUUUGGUCAAUCAUAUAGCUGCCAUCAAGAAAAAACAACGUGGAAUAUUGCUGAAAAUGGAGAAGGAAUGCGAAGAGAUUAAAAGAUUAUUGCAAACGACUUCUACAUCAUCUACAACGAUCGUUUCGUCUGGACCAAUAAUUUCAUUUUCCAAUAAUUCUCAACCACCACACCGACAUAGAAAAGAAAUCAUAAUAACACCUCCAACUUUGUCACCUACUUCGAAAUUAUUAAGAAAGCACAAUUCGCAUAGUGCUUUGGUACAAAAAAAAAACAUCCCAAAAAGCUCGCGUAUUUUGAAAGGUACUUAUGAAUUGGAAUCGUCAAAAACGUUAGAAAACCUUUUGAGAAAACGUGAAGACGAUUUACGUAAACGUCGUCAACAUGUGGAGCGUCUUUUGCAAUGGCAUCAACGGUUAGACGAAGAAGAAGCUGAGGUUUUACACUUAGAGGAGCAAUUGUUGAAUUGCAACAACAACAAUGACAACGGAUUGCAGACGGGUUGUAAAUUGGAAUCUACUGAGAAGUUGACAGGUGUGGGUUACGAACACUCGGAUCCUGGCCCAAAAAAAUCGCUUCAAACGAGACGCUCCUCAAGAGCGCGUAAAAUGGAAAGACGCGUCAUAGAGAUCGAUAAAAGUUUGCGCGACUUAAGCCAUAUUUCGUCGAUAGGUUCCAGUACUGGUACCAACAGUAUGGCCAUGGGCCAGAACAGUGAUGAAAAUACAGCCAGUGUUGCUACGAUCGAAAUGGAAUAUGUGCGUACUACCGGUAAUAAAUUGAAUAAGUUAUGGCGGCGUCUCACCUCCCAACAACUUGAAAAGUAUGAUCCCGCCCGUCGCUACAAGCUAUGCAAAGCAGACUUAGAACAAUUAUACGAAGAGGCAAAAUUAGCAGUAUUAAGAGAAUUUGCUCAUGGUGAGGAACGAAUAACGGCAGAACUGCUAGAGAAAAGUGCUUCCAACCUCAGCUCUAGUUCUAGUCCUGCCAUUAAUCUCCAAGAAACACAAGUAAGUAGUGGUGAUAAAGAACCCUUGAUUGUGCCACGGCUGAACUUAAACUUUAGUUCAGGUCAGUCUGAGCAGGAUGAGGAUUCUAACACCACUACUAACACGGCCGCCGGUGCUAAUACACAAGAAUGUAUCUAUCGCCCCAGCGUAGCAGAAGAAAACUUCAAAGCUCAUCAGCACGUAUUACUUAGUACUUCGGAUACGGAGAGUGCGUCAACGAAAACACAACGCUUAGAACGUAAUGUACAAUUGUUUUUGGCGCUUACAAAACGCAUAGUUGAAGCUCAUGACAAUGGCAGCCCAGAAUUGCAACGUAGUUUAAGUGACACUCAACUAGCAGAUCUAACCGACGUGGCCAUAAGUAAGAAGUCUACAACUAGUCAUAAAAAUGUAGCAAGUGCUAGUCAAAGGCGGCAAUCAUCUCCGGCGAGCAUCAGCGCAAACAAAAAUUCGAGAGCAAUACAUAGGCAUUCGAAAUCUUCCACUAUUGAAUUAUCAAACAUUCCUAAUAUCAACUCAUUCACUGGAACAGAAAUGUUGGAAAACUUCUCGGCUGUUCAGCAAACUAAGGUAGAAGGAAUAACGACUCGGUCUGCUAUUAUUUGUUCAGCAGUUAAAGUAACGCCAUCUGCGGUGUCUACACAAUUUGAGAGCCCACAUAGAAAAACACAGACUUACCAUGAAAUUCCAAAGAAAUCUCAUUUAUCAAGACAAUUAGGAACUAGCCAAGCCCAAGAGAUUUCUGUACAGUCAAAUCAAAUGAGUUCACACGCUUUUAGUGCAGAAAUUCUUAGUGCGAGCAGUGAUGGCAUUGGUGAAUCGAAUAUUAGUACUGAUCAGUCGUUCUCCUUGAAUUUUGAAAGUAUUGCCAUUGAAGAGCCUUUAUCACCAAGUAACAAUUCUGGCAACUGUUGCACCGAGGACAUUAAAAAAAAAAAUAGUCCUCUCAUAAAUAACACAACAUAUAACAUUGCAUUAUUUGACUCAAAAAAAUGCAGACGAAAUUAUUGCAACGAAGAACACAUAUCAAAGCACUCCUCCAUGGAAAAUUGUGCUAUUGACGUCAAUGGGUCUGACUGGAAAUGUGAAGUAAAUGAUGAAACUCGCAUGAAAGACAUGUUCCUGCCAGUAUUUGAUGAUACUGUAGAAAUUGUUCAAGUGGAAGAAGAAGAAUUGGACAAACAAUUUGAAAGUUUAACGUCAGCCAGCAGCAAAGACAAAGAGGAUGCUUGUUCUACUUCGACUACGUUAACACCUGGGAAUUACUCCCCAGAGGAAUGCAAAGAGCUUCAAACAAAUCAACCACUAGAGAGAGGAAGAGCAGAAAUUUUACCGUCACCUCCUUUAUUACCUUCGCAAAUUUCUGUUGUAAAUCAAAUUGCCACCAACAACACCCACCAAUUCACUGCUGCUACUGCUACACAACUUAUGCCCGAUAUUAUUAAUGAACUUGAACUAAGACGUCAUCAGCUUAUUAUAGACCAUGAGCAUUUAAGGCAAUAUGAACAUGUGGCUGCUGUUCCGUAUAUGUACGUGAGAGAAAUACCAAAUAAACCUCCGCCACCGUACGUGCCACCAGCUCAUGGUAGUCCAAUGACCGCGAUUUUCCCUUCUGAAGACCGUAUUAAAGAAAUAACGUAUAGAAGGACUCAUGAAUUGUACUGCGAACUAUUAAAGACUGAUUAUAGCAAUGAAAAGGGUGAACAUCUGCCGUCGGUCAUGGAUGAGCAAAUCACUAACAUAUAUGAACGCAUAACUUUAGAUAUUUGUCGGGAAUUUUUGGAGCAGCACAGCGAAAUUCUGCGCGAUGGUGAUCCUAUCAAUUUUCACCAUCAGUUAGCUUUUUUUAACCCACCAAAUCGUUUACGUUGUAUACAGAAUGCUAUCUAUAAAGAAGUCCGUGCUUGUCUAGCAAUGGAUAAAACACAACUAAAACGUACACAAGUGUAUUCAGUGUAUGGUCAACGAGCCAAACAGGACCACAUAGGCAAGAUUAUCAUUCAGGAAAUGUAUGAUGAAGAUGAUCGGUGGUGCACUUUCUAUCGUGAAGAAAAAGAAGUGCUUGAGCUAAUUGUGGAAGAAAUGAUCAACAAAAAAACAAAAUUUGAAGCUGAAAACAUACUAAUGGAGGAGGGCAGGAAAUUUGAAAAAGAACUAGAAGAAAACAAGCAUGAAGUUAUAGGAAUGGACGAGAUCAAUUACUCAAAAAUCCAAUUGCAGUCAUGCCAUAUAAAUCGAGAGCAACCUUCACCUACAGAGUCAUCCUCAAUUAUAGUAGAAACGGUCAAAGAAGUCGAUGAACCCAGCUUUACCAAUGAAAAUGCGAAAUUAGCAAACCAUGCGAAUGUUGAAGACUUCAAGUCACUUGACUCAGAGUUAGACGCAACACAACUUUGUACAUAAACUUAAACCAUAAUUUUUUUACUUUCAUUUUGUAAGUUUCAUACUACUAUUCCAAUUUGUUGGGGAUAUGUUAUUCUUUAAAAAAAAUUUCUAUAUGUUUGUUUUCAAAUUUUCUAACAAAGGCUUUCCCUAUCCCUGGUUUGUAAAAAUUCCUUUUCAGUGUACUUAUUUUUAAUAACUUUUCCUCUAUUUAAUCUUUAAUAAUUUAAUUUUAAUCUUUUGAUAUUCUUUUCCAUUUUUUUAAUAAGCAUAACUUUAUGCUGACGUGUAUUUUCUUACGACAUAUAUUGGUCUUUUGUACUUAUUUUGUAUUUAUAUAUUAGGUAUUAAAUAUAAAAAAAAUUCAAGUUAUACUUUUAGGAUCAAUUAUCUUGAAUAUUAUAUUGACUAUUUAUUUCGGAAAAUCUUUCACAUAAAUGAGCCUUAUCUCUUAACUGUUUCAACUUCAAUAGUCGUAGAUCUCUACCCACUUUUUUUGCUUAAAAAGUGUUAAAUAGAAAAAACAAGAAAAUUCUGUUCUUCAAAAAUAAAAAUACAUAUGUAUGUAAAAUAAAUUUUAAAACAAAGUCACAUUCAAUAAUAAUAAAAUCAGAAAAACUUAUUACACCUUAUAAAAUAUCGGAAAAGAAAAAUUAUUUGUUUGCACUAAUACUUAUCAUUUUAUUUUGUAUUUAUUUCAAUUUUACAGGGAAAUAUUAUUAUUGUACUAAUAACUUUUUCUGAAAGUGUACUUAACUCGUAACAACAGAAAAAUAAAUAUUAUUUGGAUGUCCUCACAACUUAAGCGUCAAAGAAUUGACCUUUUGGCCUUCCAUAAGCUUAUUUUCCAUAUAAAAUAUAAUGAAA